UACAUCUCCCAGCAGCCCCCGCGUGUCCGGAAGCCGUAAAGCCUCCGCAGAAGAAGAAGAGAACUGAAGAUGAUGAAGAGUAAAGCAGACGAGGAGGACUACUGGAACAGCUCCAAGUUUAAAGCGUUCACCUUCGAUGACGAAGAUGACGAGUUCAGUAGGUUAAAGGAGUCGAAGCGGGCGGUGAACAGCAUCCGCUGCCUGGUGGAGGAAGACGAUGAUGAAGAAGAGGUGGAGAAGGUCAACUGGAGCGGAGAGCCUGUCGGCAGUAUUUCCUGGUCGGUCAGUGAGACGGCAGCGUCCAAUCAGAGAACAGACAGAGAGCCCGCCUUCCCCAAAAUCAACGCCGACACACUGACGAUCAGCAAGACUCACUCAGGUUACUCUCUGAGCUCCCUGUUCAAAGGAAAAACUAAAGGAGGAAACUUUCAGUCGUUCACUGACUCGCUCAGUGACCCAUCUGUCAGACUCUACGCUCCUGAACUCCGAAAACCCAAAUCUGAAUACAAGGAUUAUGUCAGUGAUUGGUCGCCUGAAGAAACGGUCCAGAGGAUGCAGCAGGGAAAGGUUGUGUCACUGGAGAAGUUUCGUUCACUUCAGGAUAAACUGUUGCUGCUGGAUUACGCCGUCAGUGCACACGAUGGAAACGUCAUCACUGCUGUUCUAAUUUACUUAAAGAGGACUCUGAGUAAAGAGGUUUUGUUUCGGGAGCUGGAGUCCAGACAGACGGCUCUGAGGCAUUUGAUCCACUAUCUGACAGAAACCAGAGACCAGAGGCUGUUGCUGGAGCUACUCAGAGCUCUGGGCAGGACGGAGGACGUGGCGCUGAUGCAGUAUAAAGAACACCUGAGCAUCGCUGAUGAAAACAAGAGGCGGGACUUUCUGAAGAGCUGCCUCAGUCUUCCAUUUUCUCCAGAAGAUUCUACUCAUGUUCAGGAUCACUACACUCUGCUGGAGAGACAAGUUAUCAUCGAGGCAACCGACCGACAGGCAGAACGUGGUGGGAAGAUGGAAAUCUUCCAGAGGUUUCCCAGAAGAGCUUCGAUCCUCAACAUGCCGCUGAUCACAACACUCUACUACUGCUGCUUCUACCACUACACCGAGUCAGAGGGAACCUUCAGCAGUCCUCUGAACAUCCGUCAGACCUUCAAGAUUUCGGAGAAGCAGUAUUUUGUGACGGCGUUGGCGGCGCGGGCGAAGCUGAAGGCGUGGUUGGACGUGGAUGCUCUGUUCACCAGCAGGAACUGGCUCGGCUUCACCAGGAAGAAAUCACCGCUCAGCUUCCAACGGGUCGUCGACAUCCUGCAAAAAAACUCCGCCCCCACACAGGUGUUGCAGGACUACGUGGCGCUGGUUGAUGAUGCAGAGCUCAGGAUCACGUUGGCUCAGAAACAUAAAUGUCAUGACAUCGUCAUCAACACGUACCGGGACCUGAAGGACCGGCAGCAGUUGCUAGGAUACCGGGGGAAGGUGCAGAGAGGAUCUGUGGAGGAGAGGAAGAUCGACGAACUGCUCAACAACACGCAAAUCCGGUGGAAGAACUGAAGACUUUUACUUUGAAGCAAAAAGUUUCCUGUGAAAAGAAGAGCUGUCGCCAUGACAACAGGAGGAGCAGUCAAUCACGUCAGUGUCGGUCCUUUGACUCCGCCCACAGAACACAGGGGGGAGGGGCUUAUAUUUCUGCUGAGUCAUCACUUCAACAUUCCUCCUUUAAAAUAAAAACAU